AUGGCCUUGAAACGAAUCAACACAGAAUUGAAGGACUUGCAGAAAGACCCCCCUGCGUCUUGUAGUGCUGGUAUGGUUCUUUCUUUUAACUGCUAUCGAACAUUUGUUUGCCCAGUGGCUAAUGACAUGUUCCAUUGGCAAGCUACAAUUAUGGGUCCUGUAGAUAGCCCAUUUGUUGGCGGUGUGUUUAUUGUGUCAAUUCACUUCCCUCCUGAUUAUCCUUUCAAACCACCCAAGGUUUCAUUCCGCACAAAGGUUUUCCACCCUAACAUCAACAGUAAUGGAAGUAUCUGCCUUGACAUCCUAAAAGAGCAAUGGAGUGCUGCUCUGACAAUAUCCAAGGUUCUUCUGUCUAUAUGCUCUCUAUUGACAGACCCUAACCCAGAUGAUCCUCUGGUGCCUGAGAUUGCUCAAAUGUACAAGACUAACAGAGCCAAGUAUGAGGCCACUGCUCGAUCAUGGACUGAGAAAUAUGCCAUGGGAUAA